UACACUUACUCUUGCAUUUCCUUUUUUCAAAUGGCCUUUGCAUUUCUACUGCUUCUCGUUCUCACUUUUGGUUAUGUAGAAUCCGCUACAUACUUCCAACUUGAAAACCGGUGCAACCACACAUUGUGGCCUGGAGCUCUAUCGGGAAACAGUGCCGCAAAUCUCGGAGACGGCGGAUUCUCCCUGGCACCGGGAUUGUCAGUUUUUCUCGUCGCUCCAUCGGGUUGGUCCGGACGCUUCUGGGCCAGAACCGGCUGCGACUUCGAUGGCACUGGUCAAGGUAAAUGUGUCACCGGAGACUGCGGUGGAUUGCAAUGCCGCCUGGGAGGUGCUCCACCGGUGACGUUGGCGGAGUUCACCCUCGGAACUUCCAGAAACGACAAGGACUUCUACGACGUAAGCCUGGUGGACGGUUACAACGUGGAGGUGGGAGUGCGGGCAAUCAGAGGAACCGGUGACUGCCAGUACGCGGGAUGCGUCACGGACUUGAACAGCCUGUGUCCGGAAAAGUUGCAGGUGAAGGAUGGGGAUAGGGUGGUGGCGUGUAAGAGCGCGUGCGCGGCGUUUAGCGAGGCGGAGUUCUGCUGCACAGGUGACCAUUCAACACCGGAGACUUGUGGGCCGACGCUAUACUCAGAACUGUUCAAGAAGGCCUGCCCAACGGCCUACAGUUACGCUUACGACGACCCUUCAAGCACUUGCACUUGCUCCGGCGCUGAUUAUGUCGUCACAUUUUGCCCGUCCGGAUCCUCCUAGCUAGUCCUCUUGUUUCCUAUCCAUGCGAUGAUAUUAUAAUUUAAGGCAUUUACUUAAGCAUCACAUCAAGGCUCAAAUCCAUAAGCGUUAUUCAUUUGAUUACAUGAUG